CUUUUCCAGUCUGUCGGCCGUCGUCGUUUGCAUUCGUUCGCUCGUUUCUUCAUUCCAUCAAAAUUCGGGCAUUCCCGGGCGCACAGUUGCACAGUGUGAACCACGGCUCGGCUUUCGAUUGAUUUUUUUCGUAUUUUUUAUUUCUUCAAGAUUUAAUCAUAAGCGUGGCUAGCCAGGGAAUAAAAAGGAAAAUGAGUAGCUCCGAGGAGGUUUCUUGGAUUUCCUGGUUCUGCGGACUUCGUGGCAAUGAAUUCUUCUGUGAGGUUGACGAGGACUACAUUCAGGAUAAAUUCAACUUGACCGGACUGAACGAGCAGGUGCCGAACUACAGACAGGCGCUGGACAUGAUAUUGGACCUGGAACCGGAGGAUGAGAUAGAUGACAAUCCGAACCAGUCCGAUCUGAUCGAGCAGGCGGCCGAAAUGCUGUAUGGCUUGAUCCACGCUAGAUAUAUCCUAACCAAUCGCGGUAUAGCGCAGAUGAUUGAGAAAUAUCAAAGCGGCGACUUUGGCCACUGCCCGCGGGUGUACUGCGAGAGUCAACCGAUGCUUCCAUUAGGCUUAUCCGAUGUGCCCGGCGAGGCAAUGGUGAAAAACUACUGUCCCAAGUGCAUCGAUGUCUACACACCAAAGUCCUCGAGACACCAUCACACGGACGGAGCCUACUUUGGCACCGGUUUUCCUCACAUGCUGUUCAUGGUUCAUCCCGAGUACCGCCCAAAACGUCCCGCCAAUCAGUUCGUGCCGCGCUUGUACGGCUUCAAGAUCCACUCGUUAGCCUAUCAAAUUCAGCUCCAGGCUGCCGCCAACUUUAAAGCGCCAUUGCGAGGGGUAAUGAGCAGCAAUCUGCGCCCUUUGGAAAAUGUAUUAGUAUCGAAAGCUCCGAAAACUGAAUGCAAAGCUUAGUCGUAUGAAUUGAGUUUGCACUGUGCAUUGAUGAAGUGCUCGGCGAAGGUCAUCGACAACUGAAGCACCGGACGCCGGACUGAGGAAAAAGGUAGUGUGACAGGAAUCCGGCGACGGCGGCGGCAGUGGAAGCAACGACAAUGAAGAAACGACGGACAAAAAGCGACGCAACAGCUUCGACAUCAAACAAUAAACAAGAGUGGAAACAACAACAACAACAGUUGGUUGUUGCUGUGAAAAAAAAACGGGAAAAAAAUCUAGGGUUUAGAAAAACAAACAAACAAACGUAGGGGAAGAACCUAAAUUUUUAGAUAAAUAAGCGAAAAAGAAGAUAACACACUAGCAAAGGUAAAAACAACAAAAAAUAAACCAAUUGUACAUCCUCUAUACCACCAAAAGCAAGCAAAAGGAGUAUGACAAUUACUACAAUUGAAUGGAAAAAUAGCAUUGUAUUCAAAUUUAGAAACAACAUCUUGAUAGACAAAAGAAGCAUCAUUCUGUAACACUCACUAACACAAACACACAUUAACACACACGUGAACUAUUGUCAUGUUUUCAUCAUGCGGAAUCCGAGGCAGACAUAAAACAUUUCUGCGUAUGUAGUAAGAAAUUUUUUGAAUGGGUGUUGCAAUGUACUACUUGAAAUACAAAUUUUCGAAUAAAUUGGAACAUUUAAGCGUAACAAGAAAAAAAAACAAAUAUCAAUCGGAGGUAAAACUGAAACAAAAGAAUUAAACAAAAACAAACCUUACGAUGGGAGGGUCGAGCCUGAAGUUGGGAAUUGUAGCCAACUGUUCCGAAUAAAUUAAAGCAGAAAAAUUAAAAAAAAAACAGGCAAACUUGUGCAUUUCACUCCACUUACUAACAAGGGGCGCGCCGACCAAAAAUAUUUGUGUUGUAGGAACGUUGGGCAUCACUUUCUACAUCCCCUUUUGUAUAUUUUCCUUCUGUAAUCAAAGCGAAUUCUUUUUUUACAACAAAGCAGAAAACGACAGGAGAUCCAAACCUUCAACCUGAAGACCUUUACUAGAUGUACUUUUGAGAGACCCAACAAGUAACUUCAUUUAUAUUGUGUUAAGUUUGACUAACUCCCGAAAAUCAAUUAGUUCGAUGUUUGAAGCAGAAAAAGUAAUGCAGAAGUGAACAUUGUAAAAAAAAACUAUACUUAGUUAAAAACAAACAAGUAAAAGAAUCAAAUCGACCUGAAACCCCAUGCGCACCGCAUCGACUGCCGAUUGAGGGUAGGCUAACAAACAACAAACAUAGAGAAAAAUGCAUUAGGAGGCGCAGCCAAGUAUGUAUCUCAUCCAGCAAAUACAACCAUUACCUAGCGCCUAGGGAGCAGGCAGCAUCAGGCAGGAAAGGAUGCGCAGUCUGAUUGGAUAUUUUGGGAGCUAUUCUAGCGUUUAAGUAGGCUGCUUACUGCAGGUACGGAGAUGUACUUCCCUGCAAUAUAGUUCAGAGGAAUCGCAGUUUGUUUGAUUCAGUACGAUAAACAAAAUAUCAUAAUGAGUUAAUUAUUACAGAAACCGAAAUAGAUAACUAUUAUUUGCAAAUUACACACACACACACACACUACGGAACAGAAACUGAAAUAGAAUAAUUAUUGCUAUAAUUUUAUUAUUAUUAUUAUUGCAGGAAUGAAUAAAUUUUAAUAAAUUAUAUUACAAAACGGUCA